GAAAGGGGCGGGCGACUGUGCAGGGAGGUGGUGGCGGCGCCUGCGCAGUGGGACCGGGAUGGCGCAUUUUCUUGCACAGAAUAAUGCGGCGGCGCUGGGGGCCGAGGAGGGCGGAGAGUUCCUUGAUGAAGUAGGGGGAGGGAUUCAUGGAAGCGUCGGGAGGAGCCCGGGUGUGAGCUAUAAAGUGGGAAGUUGAUGCGGGGCCCAGCUACUCCCGGACCGGUGGCGCGGAAGCUGUGAUCUCAUCGCUGAACCAUCAUCUUUGAAAUCCAACAACAAUGGAGAAGACUCAAGAAAAAGUCCAAAGAAUUCUUCUAGAACCCUACAAGUACUUGCUUCAGUUACCAGGUAAGCAAGUGAGAACUAAACUUUCACAGGCGUUUAAUCAUUGGCUAAAAGUUCCAGACGACAAGCUGCAGAUUAUCAUUGAAGUGACGGAAAUGUUGCAUAACGCCAGUUUGCUCAUCGAUGAUAUCGAAGACAACUCGAAGCUCCGACGUGGCUUUCCCGUGGCGCACAGCAUCUAUGGGAUUCCGUCUGUCAUCAAUUCUGCCAAUUAUGUAUAUUUUCUUGGCCUCGAGAAGGUCUUAACUCUGGAUCACCCCGAUGCAGUUAAGCUUUUCACGCGCCAGCUCUUGGAACUCCAUCAGGGACAAGGCCUGGAUAUUUAUUGGCGGGAUAGCUACACCUGUCCCACGGAAGAAGAAUAUAAGGCCAUGGUGCAGCAGAAGACGGGCGGACUGUUUGGGUUAGCGGUGGGCCUCAUGCAGUUGUUCUCUGAUUACAAAGAAGAUUUAAAGUCACUACUUGAUACCCUUGGGCUCUUUUUCCAAAUUAGAGAUGAUUAUGCGAAUCUACACUCCAAAGAAUAUAGUGAAAACAAAAGCUUCUGUGAAGAUCUCACGGAGGGCAAGUUCUCGUUCCCUACUAUUCACGCCAUUUGGUUGAAGCCCGAGAGCACGCAGGUGCAGAACAUCUUGCGCCAGAGAACCGAAAACGUAGACAUUAAAAAAUACUGUGUACAUUAUCUUGAGAAUGUGGGUUCUUUUGAGUACACGCGGAAUACUCUGAAAGAGCUCGAAGCUAAAGCCUACAAACAAAUCGAUGCGCUUGGUGGGAACCCUGAACUGGUAGCUCUCAUAACGCACUUAAGUAAAAUGUUCAGAGAAGAGAAUUAGUAAUAUUAAGCCGUUCUCGAUGAGGCCUGACAGCUUAUUUGAGUCGGUUAUUUUUUUGUCUUUUAGCCUAUCUUUUUAUAAAUUUGGAGCAAGCUCUUUGUCUCUAAGAACUGAGUGGACGGGGCGGUGUGGGGGAGGUGGUUUCCAUGUAGAGCCACUCCGUAAUCAUUGUACAGAACUGAAGGAACAAGAGGAGUCACAUUGAAAUAGGUGUCAUGUGAAUGUCGCAGUGUGCUGGGUCGGGUCCUUGCGGCCAGCUCUGCCAUGAGUGUUUGAUUGAUUCUGUCAAUAAAGAAUUCGACUUCCGUCUUCUCUGCACUGGGAGCAGCUCUCCUCUUCCCCUGAACAUGGCCGCCUGCGCCAAGUUGGUCUCCACCCCUCCUCCGACAGGAGCACCUCUGGGCUGCUGGGGGGGUCACUGCGUGCAGUGGUGCUGAGACCAGACACACAAGAGGUGAGAGCCUCAGCAGCCUGCCAGCCCCACGCCCCCUGACCUCACUUAUUUCCAGCCACAGCUUCCAAACCAGCACCAUCUCAAGGGACAUCGACGCCGCAGCCAGGCUCCUCGGGGCUAGGGUGCCACAGAAGGGGCGGCCGGCCCUGGGGCUGGGGCUGGGACUGUGUUUGGGAGCCUCCUCGCUGUUAUGCCGGGAACCUUUCUCCGAAGCAACAGCCCUUCAGUGCCGUUCUGGGCUCGCCCUCUCAGAGGCCACGGGGCUCGUGCCUGAUGGUGGCCUUGCUCUCCCUCUGCCAUGUGACGUUGCUGUCUCCACCUCAUAUACCUUCUCCCGUGUCUGGUCUGCCUAUAUGUUCCUUUUCCUCCUCCCCGGGCAACCAGGGGAAAGUGGCUGGCUCUGGGUUUGACAGAGGGAAGACAGUAAUAAUAAUAAGAAAAAAAGAAGCUUCUAGGAAUAUCGAUACUUCUAACUAUACUGUAUGGGCAGUUCCCGCUUCACCCACCCAGUUCCAAGCCAGUGGCUACUUGGGACCAGUUUCUAGAUCUUGCUGGCCCAUAGGCUAUGGGAAUUCCUCUUCCUAAAUGUUGCUGCUUAGAGUAUGUCUCCCCCCAGAAAUUCCCGCCAAAGGCUCCCAUGGGAAGGCCGACAGUGACAAACAGCACCAAGGAGUCUCCCCUCACAUGCCGGCCCAAGUUGGUUGGUUGGUAAGUAACUGGUGCCCCCAAGCUGAUUAGUAUCUGGGUACAACGUCUGUCCAUUUGGAAAGAAAAAAAGUACAUGGAGAAGUAUUUUAAGAAGGAGCCUUGAAACCUUUGUCUAUUUUCCCGGGGUUAAUAGUAAAAAUCAUAAAAGAGCAGUUUGCUCACAGCAGAAGGAAAUGCCCUUUUCCUUCCCACGCACCACCCGCUAGAAGGCAGUUGGUGCUUGAAUGGAAAGGGAGCUGUGGGUCUCUUUAAUCUCUGAUUAAAGGAGAGUGAACCUGAGACCUAGUCGCCACGGCUACCCCGUCAGGCACUAACUGGCCGUCCAGUGCCUUAACCCUGGCUCCCUCUUGUGUAAUUCCCAGCCCAAACCCCUGGAGCCAUCUGUGGCCAAGAGGUAGGAAAAGAGACCUCGGUUACUGUGUUGCUGAAUCCCGAAAUGAAAGUUGUGCUGCUCAGAAACAGUGCGUUUGGUGUGAUUGGUUCUAUAGGAUGUUCUCUCAGAUCUAAUCACCAGCACCUGCACUUGCAUGCGACCUUCUCACCAAAGCGCUCAAACCUCUUCGAUAAGAUGGAGGACACCUCGAUCAGGUUUUCAACAAUAAAGAUAAGUUUCUUUUUUAA